CUAAAAGCCAGCGCAGCCAGAAAAUAGGUACUGCGCUGGCUGUAUGCCGCCGCGCCGCAUCUUUCCCCAUGCACGUGAACGCGGUGUCGGCGGCGCGCUCCUGUCCAUCAUGGCGGCCCCGCUUCCCGACAGAUGUUCCUUCUUCGUUGAGAGGAAGAAACGUUUCUGUAAGAUGAUGGUGAGGAAGGGGCAGCGCUUCUGCGGGGAACACGCGAACGCGGCAGAGGGAGGGAGCAUCAGGAGGAUCGUCUGUCCUCUGGAUCCCAAACACACUGUGGCCGAGGACAAAUUGGAGAAACACCUGAAGAAAUGCAACUCCAGACAGAAACCAAAACCUGUUUAUCAUGUGGAGAACAUCAAUGCAGGUCCAGAAGAUGGAGAUGAAGCGCUUCCUGAUGUGAGUCUGUCAGAGCGGAGCUGGUCAGAGUUGGAGCUUCUUCUGGAGAAACUAAAGAAGGCCUCAGAAGGACUACAGUGUGAGGUGGAGGACAACUUCCUAGAUCAUCCCGCCCUCCAGGAAGAACUUGUUAACCCAAAGAAUGGGGACUCUGCCCACAAACACCUGAAGCAGCAGGCCUCUAUCUUAGGUCACCUGGACGAGCUGGGCCUCCUCAGAAGAGGGCGGUGCUUUGUGGAGUUUGGUGCCGGUCGGGGGAAACUUUCUCAUUGGAUCCACGAAGCGCUGAAGAACAACGGGGAUCUGAAGAACAGUGAGGAUCUACAGCUGCUGCUGGUGGAGCGCAGCAGCAUCCGAUUCAAGGUGGAUGGGAAACACCAGGAUGCAGGAGUUCAGUUUGAAAGGCUGCAGGUGGACAUCCAGCACCUGGACCUGAGUAAAGUUCCUCUGCUGCAAGAUAAGAAGUUUCCUCUGGUUGGAGUGGGGAAGCAUUUGUGCGGCGCAGCUACAGACUUGGCUCUGAGAUGCUUGUUGGAAACAUCCACAUUAAGAGAUCCGGAGAGCGAGCCGCCCCUAAAACGCCUCAAGCCAUCAGAACCAGGAGCAGAAGUGGCACCAGCUGAUUGUUCCGGCGCCGGUGUGGGUCCUGUGCUCGGCCUGGCGGUGGCGUUGUGCUGCCACCAUCGCUGUGAGUGGCGGCACUUCGUGGGACAGCAGUUCUUUUUGCAAAGAGGACUUGGAGCCGCAGAGUUCUCUGCCAUCUGCCGCAUGUCUAGCUGGGCCACAUGUGGACUUAGAGCAGCCAAUCAGGAUUCCUCAUCACAGCAUUCGACCAAUCAGGGAAGAGAGGAGGAGGAGCACGAACCCAUAGACGAAACGGACAAUGUGAACAAGUUCUUGUCUGCGGCGGAGCGAGAGAAGAUCGGACAUCUUUGCAAACGUCUGAUCGACAGAGGCAGAUGUGACUUCCUGAAAAGCCGAGGUUUCAGCAGCAGACUGACCUGUUACACAGAUCGACAGGUGACGCUGGAGAACGUUUUACUUACCGCCGUCCCGUCACCCUGUUCCACGUCCUCCAGCUGAUGUUCCGUCAAAGGAAACUUUUGAUUUUCUGUUCUGAGGUUUAAUGAAAGGGACUGACCCAGAGAUUUGAUUUUUCAUGAAGGUGACAAAAGUUUGUAUUAAAGCUUUAUACUUUCUCA